CUUAAAUUCAAAAAAAAAAACAGCUUAUAAAAACAUGUUAUCAAUUUGUCAGCCUAUCACACUGUUUAUAUGCUUCUCCUCGUUUAUUCAUGGCUUUAGACCAAAUCUCUAUAAAUUAUCAUCUAAUUCACAGCAUGAAUGGAAUCCUUCCAAUCAAAUGUCUCCCUCAUCAUCAUCGUCAUCAUCAUCAUCAUCAUCAUCAUCAUCAUCAGCAUUGAUAAAACCAUCAAGUUUAACAGCAUUCUCAUCGUUGCCUUAUUCUAGUGAUACAAAUUCUUAUGCCUACUGGAAUUGUCAUACCAUACCACCAAAUAUGACAUUAUGCAAAAGUGUCGGUUAUUCACGUAUGGUUCUACCAAAUUUUCUCCAACAUGAAUCAUUACGUGAAGCAAUACAACAAGCGAAUGUAUGGAUUACUUUGGUGAAUACUGAUUGUCAUCCAGAUAUACAACGUUUCUUAUGUUCAUUAUAUGCGCCGGUCUGCUUGAAAAGUCAUCAAGAAGCUAAAAUACCACCAUGUUGGGAAUUAUGUAAUCAAGUACGUGAUUCUUGCUUGCCACGUAUGCGUUUAUUCGGAUUUGAUUGGCCAGAUAUAGUACGUUGUCAACAAUUUCCUCGAUUAACUGAAAGUAUGUGUAUACCACCACAGGAGAAAAGUACAAGUAAGUGA